AAACGAAAGAGGCAAAGAACAGAAAAAAAAAACCUCACCACCAAAAUCUCUCUCCUUCGAUUUCUAGGGUUUUCUUUGCCCUAAUUCCAUCAUCUCUUAUGAUAGUCUUCAUCAACACUAUAUCUCAUUAGAUUCAACUAUAUUAUUCAUUCUCUGAUCUUCAGAGAAGCUUUUCCUUUCUUUCUAGGGUUUUUUUUUUGGGAAAAAAUUUGAAUUGUAUUAGUUCUGCUUUUUAGAGUUUUUGGUCGGAUCCUCGAUCUUUUUUUUUUUUUUUUUGGUUUUUUAUUUGUAAAGAAGAAAUGGAACAACAAAGAUUAAAGCAGCAGCAACAACUGCAACAACAAGCUCUAAUGCAACAAGCAGCUUUAAUGCAACGACAACAGCAACAGAUGUAUCAUCCUGGUGUUAUUGCUGCUGUUAUGUCUCAGAUGGAACCAGUUCCAAGUGGAAAUCUUCCUCCUGGAUUUGAUGCAGCUUCUUGUCGCAGUGUAUACGUGGGCAAUAUACAUGUCAACGUCACCGAGAGCCUACUCGCUGAGGUUUUUCAGAGUACAGGCCCUCUUGAAGGGUGCAAACUUAUAAGAAAAGAUAAGUCAUCAUUUGGCUUUGUUGAUUACCACGAUAGGAGGUCUGCAGCUCUAGCAAUAAUGACAUUGCAUGGGAGGCAGCUUUAUGGUCAGGCUAUUAAAGUAAACUGGGCAUAUGCUAGCGGCCAGAGAGAGGAUACUUCAGGGCACUUCAACAUCUUUGUAGGCGAUUUGAGUCCCGAGGUUACUGAUGCGACUCUAUUUGCCUGUUUCUCAGUCUUCCCCAGCUGCUCGGAUGCAAGAGUUAUGUGGGACCACAAAACCGGGCGAUCUAGAGGAUUUGGUUUCGUUUCUUUCCGCAGCCAACAGGAAGCCCAGAGCGCGAUAAAUGACUUAACUGGUAAAUGGCUCGGGAAUAGGCAAAUUAGAUGCAACUGGGCAGCUAAAGGAGCUACUUAUAACGAAGAGAAACAGAGUAAUGAAAACCAGAAUAUGGUCGUACUUACAAAUGGAUCCUCAGAUGGAGGUCAAGAAAAUGCAAAUGAAGAGGCUCCUGAAAACAACCCAGCAUUUACUACUGUGUAUGUAGGCAACCUAGCUCAUGAGGUUACACAACCUGAACUUCAUCGUCAGUUUCAUAUCCUCGGGGUUGGGGUUAUUGAGGAAGUACGCAUCCAGAGAGACAAAGGGUUUGGGUUCAUUAGGUUCAAUACCCAUGAAGAAGCAGCCAUGGCUAUUCAGAUGGCCAAUGGGAGGAUAGUCUGUGGAAAAUCUAUGAAGUGCUCGUGGGGUAACAAGCCAACUCCUCCAGGGACUGCUUCAAAUCCUCUGCCUCCUCCUGUCACCCCUUACCAAAUAGUUCAAACUCCGGGUAUGAAUCAGGGUUAUUCAGCAGCAGAUUUGUUGGCCUACCAACGCCAACUUGCCAUGAGCCAGGCUGCUGGCUCUGGUUUAUCUGGACAAGCUCUUGUACAAAUGGCUGGCCAGCAGAAUCUAGCUGCCCAGGCUUCCAUGGGUUUAAACUCUGUUGGGUCUCAGGCAAUGUAUGAUGGAUACGCCAACAACUCAUCUGCCCAACAGAUGAUGUACUAUCAGUAAGGUCAAAGAGGGUCAUGUCAGGUCCUUCACAUUUUGCCGGCAUGUUGACAUUAGAUUUUGGGUCUUGUUAUUUCUCUUUUCUCAGUUAGUUUAUUUAUCUUUGUUAGAUUUUGCUAGAUAUGGCUGGGUUGUAACUGAUGAAAAAUUCUUUUUUUUUUUUUUUUUUUUUUUUUUUUUUUUUUUUUUCCUUUUCUUACUUUGGGUGUUUUUUUGUUGCUUUUCUUAUUUUCCUUGGAAGUUUUUAAAAGGUUUAAGUGCUGUAAUAUGUCAUUAUUAUAUACGAGUGGAAGUCUCUCUCUGUGCUCUUAUUA